GGUCAUCCUUGAGGACCAUGCGUUCUACACCUGCACCAUGACCUUUAACUUGGAAGGGCUCAGCGGCAGGAUCUCAGAGACCAUCAACGGUAUGGUGGACGAUCUCUGUGAGGACAAAGGACGAGAGGUUGAGCGGGUGUUUUCAGUUUCCGGUGAUGCUGCCAUGUUAACAUCCACCCUGGUGGACCUCAAUGUGUUUGACUACCGCAGCAUCCCCUAUAACAUCUCAUGGUAUGACCCAAGGACUGGGAGAGAGCUGACCAGGGAGACAAGAAAGACUCUGCCGCGGGGAAAGACACUGUGGAUUUUUAACAUCGCGAUGGAGGAUGCUGGAAACUAUGAGUGUGUUGUGAGACUACCCUCCCAGUGCUAUAAGAAAUCGGCCUUACUGAUUGUGAACCACACCAACCCAGAAGAAUGCGGUCGACCAGAAAAGGCCGACCAGGUCCUGACCAACAAAGACACCGGUUUUCUGAACUGCCCAUUGAGUGACCAUAUCAGGGAAGUGGACAAUUACUCCAUUCAGUGGUACAAGGGCUGUGAACCCAUUGUGAAAGAUGACCCAUUGUGGAACAGGUUUAGCUAUGUCAAUAACAGUGUUACGGAGUUACUCCUAGUAAAAGCGGUCAUCCCUGAGGACCAUGCGUUCUACACCUGCACCAUGACCUUUAACUUGGAAGGGCUCAGCGGCAGGAUCUCAGAGACCAUCAACGGUAUGGUGGACGUGCAGUAUUGCCUGGAGCCCAAAGUGGUUGAACCUGCCAAUGAGAUCAUCAAAGCAGAUCUGGGUUCUUCCUUCAGUAAGAUGUGUCGGGUGUUUGUGCCGAGUGUGGGGAAUAAAAGUUGCACGGAUUUGAAUUGGAAAGCUAGCAAUAACUCCAUUUCCAAAAUUGUCUCAGAGCGCAUCUUUCAGGAAUCACAAAGGGAGUGGAGAGAAGAAGAGGAGAAGGGUGUAUGGUUGGAGCGUCAUUUGAAUUUCUUGAUGGUGGAAGAGGAAGACUUUUACAUCAACUACACGUGUUUGGUUUCCAGUGACAGAGGCAUUUCUUUAGCCUUCAUACUACAGCCUACAGAUCCAAACUAUCUGCUCCCUAUUGGGGUACUACUGACCAGUCUGGUAUUGGUGUUUACUGUUAGUGUUGUUAUUUACCAUCGCUUCAAGAUCGACAUCGUGCUGUCGCUCAGGAGGAUGUUCCCGCUUCUCUACACAAACACAGACUCUGAUGGGAAGUUGUAUGAUGCGUACGUGGCAUACCCCCGUCUGUUUGGGGAUGGGUGCGGAGCCUGUGGGGAGGCAGAGAUGUUUGCCCUCCACAUGUUGCCCCAGGUUCUGGAGGGGAGGUGUGGCUACAGGCUGUUCAUACUGGGCCGGGACAGCCUACCAGGGGAAGGUAUGACAUCUCAGCUCGACCCUGAGGCUCCAGGUUCCAGAAGACUAACCAUAGUAGAUGCAGUGGAGGAGAGCAUGCUGGCAAGCCGGCGUCUCCUCCUGGUCUACUCUGGCUCUACGUUCUGCAGUGGAAGCCACAGUGACAGCAGCAGUGGUGUCCUGGAGGCCUGGCAGAGCUUCGAGAGGCAGACGGCCAUGCACCGUGCCCUGUUGGAGGGCUCCCUUAAGGUGGUCCUUGUGGAGCUGGAGGAGGUCUCCCCCACACAGCUGACCCUCUUCCCCGAGUCGGUGCGCCACCUCCGGGAGCGCCAGGGCGCCGUCUGCUGGUGGAAGAGUAGCAGAGGGUUGAGGUGUGGGAGGUGGGGAGAAGAGGAGGAGGUGGAGGAGAAGAGAGGGGAGCUGGCUUCGUCCCCUCUCUCCUCACCCUCUCUUUCCUUGUCCUCACGCUUCUGGAAGGAACUGAGGUAUUAUAUGCCAGUGAGGGGCACGAGGACGAGGUGACCAGAGAAGAACAGCCUGAUGAAGUUGUGAUGGGAUGGAUGGGCUUUGGAGAGGACAGUGUUAGACAUAACGAGGAAAUCUGUUGAAUGACUUCUGGUACCUGACUCUCUCAACACAUUUUCAUGAAAAAUUAUUGAAUCAGACUUUGGAGGACUGAUCUUCUGCUGUGAGAUUUAUUUGAGGUGGGAAAAUGCACAGUAAACAGUGUAUUCAUUCUGAACAUAUUGGCAGAGCCACUCACACACACACGCACGCACACACACACACACACACACACAAUUUACCACCAUGUUGUACAUACACACCACAUCUGUGAAAGAGCUUUAAUAAAGAGUGCCCAGUACAUUCUAUACAAUGUA